AUGGAAGAGGAGGAGUCUCACUAUGGAGAAUAUGCAGUGGAAAUGAGUCUACUAUUACAGAAGUCUGUGCAGCUUGUGGAUGGAGCUGGUCUCUGCUCUGGGAGACUGGAGGUGAAGUCCAAUCAGUCCAAUCAGUCCUGGGCCUCAGUGUGUGAAGCUGACUUUGACCAGCAGGAUGCAGAGGUAGUCUGUGGGGAGCUUGGCUGUGGGGCUCCUGCAGCUCUACAGGGGGGGCUCUAUGGAGAAGGUGAGGGUCAGACCUGGGAUAAAGAGUUCCAGUGUAAAGGCAAUGAGUCCCUUCUCCUGGACUGUGACACCUCAGACAGAAAAAACAACACCUGCCUACCUGGUAAUGCAGUUGGACUCACCUGCUCAGAGCCUGAUGAUGUGAGGCUGGUAGGAGGAGGCAGUCGCUGUGCUGGUGGAGUGGAGCGGUACAACCAGGGAAAGUGGAGGACUGUGGGAACUUUAGACUGGAACAAGAAGGAGGCCAAGGCUGUAGCUGCAGUAGUGUGUAGACAGCUGGGUUGUGGCUCCACUGUUUCAGUUCUACCUGGAAACACCACUAGAGGGUUUAUAGUUCACUGUUCUGGGUCUGAGCCUUCACUGAGGGAGUAUCUCCUGGUCCAGCCUGAUAUCUUCCUGACUGACUCAAUGGGAGGGGUCUCCAGGGGCCACCAGGGGCCCGAGAUGUUAUGGGGCCACAGCUUCACCAUCACCUGCUCCACUCAGCCACAGUACCCAGGAGGCUCCUUCCUCCUCACGUUCACCGGCUCCAAGAUAAGCCAGACCCAGCCAGCUGUCAAUCACUCUGCUGCCUUCCUCUUCCCUGCUGCAGAUGACUCCCACCAAGGGAACUACAGCUGUGUUUAUGACAAUUAUGUUUUCUCUCAUAACUUCUUCUCUGAGAGUGAGCUCCUCUCCCUCACCGUCACAGAUCUCCUGGUCCAGCCUGAUAUCUUCCUGACUGACUCAAUGGGAGGGGUCUCCAGGGGCCACCAGGGGCCUGAAGUGUUUAGGGGCUACAACUUCACCAUCACCUGCUCCACUCAGCCACAGUACCCAGGAGGCUCCUUCCUCCUCACGUUCACCGGCUCCAACAGAACCCAGACCCAGCCAGCUGUCAAUCACUCUGCUGCCUUCCUCUUCCCUGCUGCAGAUGACUCCCACCAAGGGAACUACAGCUGUGUUUAUGACAAUUAUGUUUUCUCUCAUAACUUCUCUUCUGAGAGUGAGCUCUUCUCCCUCACCGUCACAGCCUCUCCUCUACCAGCCUUCAUCAUCAGACACGUUGUAGUGCUGCUGAUCCUACUGACAGCCAUCACCACCUUCUACCUGUACUACAAGACCACCAGGAGGCAGAAGAGAGUGAACAGGGUGAGCAGCAUGGAUCUUUAUGUUGAUGCCAAUGCCAUGGAGAUGGUCUCUCUGAGCUCCAGAGCUGAAGCUGGACCGGGAGAGGAGAGAGCAGCCCAGGGGACUGAGUAGGAGUAGAAUGAUGCUGACCCUACAUGCUGAUCUUAGGUCAGUUUUGUGUUUUAAAUCUAUGGUCAGCAGUGGACUGGUGUUUAAAAUGUGGUGACAAACCUUAAGUGGUUCUAAUUUUAAUAACACAAGUUAAGAAUUAGUUUCUCUUUUUAUAACUUU